ACGAUGAUGUCAUCAUUCCAGUUGUGUAGCCGGAAGUAUUGAGGGAACAAAUUGAAAACACGGAAAAGAAGUGAAGAAAUUGACUAAACACAAACAGAGCCGUGACAACGGUUUUCUUUACUACGUUACAGACGGACGAAAGCUACAAAUAUGUCAAAUUUGGACAAGCAUCUCUUCAACCUCAAGUUUGCUGCCAAAGAGUUGCAACGAAGUUCACAGAAAUGUGACAAAGAGGAAAAGGCGGAGAAGGCCAAAGUGAAGAAGGCCGUUCAAAAAGGAAAUGUGGAAGUCGCGCGGAUACACGCCGAAAACGCCAUCCGGCAAAAAAACCAGUCCAUCAACUUCCUGAGGAUGAGCGCACGGGUGGACGCGGUGGGGGCCAGGGUACAGACUGCUGUCACCAUGAACAAGGUCACAAAGUCGAUGGCUGGAGUGGUGAAGGGCAUGGAUGCGGCCUUGAAGAGUAUGAACCUGGAGAAGAUCUCAGCGCUGAUGGACAAAUUCGAGCACCAGUUUGAGACUCUGGAUGUGCAGACCGCACAAAUGGAGGACUCGAUGAGCAGCACAACUACACUCACCACCCCACAGAACCAAGUGGACACGCUGAUGCACGAGAUGGCAGACGAAGCUGGGCUGGACCUGAACUUGGAGCUGCCUCACGGCCAGAUGGGAUCGGUGGGGACCAGCGUGGCGUCUGCAGAGCAGGAUGAGCUGUCCCACAGACUGGCCAAGCUGCGGGACCAGAUGUGAGGACUGUGAGCGAGUGGGCGUCGUGUGGCUGAAGCGAGGAGUUCUGGGUCACGCACACAGUGACCGGCCCCGGGACGCAGAUUACCCAUCUUUCUGUCUGUCUGUCUGUCUGUCUUUCUCUCUGCCCCUCCUCCACCCUCCUCCCCUUCCCCCCUCAAAUUUCUGCCAAAUUUCUCCAGUGAUGAAGAUGAGUUCUGUUCUGUGAUCAUUCUCUCAUUGCUGGAGGGGCGAUCGAGACCCUAGUAGUUUGUUAUAGAGUGCCCUGUUUUCGUGCCACAAGGCGCAGGCCUACAAGGAAUGCCAAAAUCCGCUCGGUUGUGGAAAAAAACCUAUGUAUGCACAUAAAUGUACAGGUGUGCGUGGGACGGGUGCCAUCGCUGCUGUCUGUCUGUUCUGUUUGUUUUUGUUGUCCCCGUACGCUGCCUGCCUUUGACAGUAGAGUCCUGUGGAGUGGCGAUGUUUCUGGGCUCAGGGGACACACUCCGCCGACUCUACAGUACGAGUAACGAGAAAGCUUUUUUUGGAAGAGACAGGCGUCGUCAUGACGGCCGUGAGGAAUAGCCUGAAGGGCGCUACAGGCCCAGUCCCUCCACGUCAGACCGUUCAGCGCUGCGUUCCCGACGGCUGCGAUCCUCCACGUCCGCGAAAGCCAAACGUUUACUCGUAGGAAAAAAAAAUUUUACACUGACAUUUAUGUUUUGAUGUUUAAAAAGAUCGUUUGAUAUUUAUAUUCUUUUCCCUUUUCUCUUUGGGUGAUUGUGGGAUUUUUUUGUAAAAAAAAAAACAAAACUGGGUCUCUGUCAGCAGUUUGAUAUUAUUCACAGUAUCCCAGCAGCGUUUGUUUCACAGACUAAAUAUUCUAAAUAUUUUUUAAUGUUGGUUGUAGGUACUGGACAUGCCAAUAAGCAUUUUCAUCUUUUUCACCUUUAUCAAAGAGAUGUAUUAAACAUCAAGAAACUAAUUAUUUACAUUUUCAUAAAAACCUAAAUAAAAAAGAAACAUUUUCUGCA